AUGGUGGAUUCAUCACUUGGUUCCGACAAGAAGAAGAGGAAGAAGGGUAAUAAGCAACCUAUGUACCGUGGAGUACGCAUGAGGAGUUGGGGCAAGUGGGUGUCUGAGAUUCGUGAGCCACGCAAGAAAUCAAGAAUCUGGCUCGGGACUUUUCCCACGGCGGAGAUGGCCAUGCGUGCUCACGACGUGGCCGCUUUGAGCAUCAAGGGAGCGUCUGCCAUUCUCAACUUCCCUGAGCUCUCUGAGUUUCUCCCAAGACCCACUUCGCUUAGCCCUCGUGACGUCAGAGCUGCGGCCACCAAAGCGGCUCUCAUGGAGUUUGGUACGUCAGCGUUUUGUCACAUGAAGUCUGAGAGUGAGAUAAGUGAAACGACGUCGAAUAAAAGGACAGAGAGCGAGAGUAACGAAAUGGUGACGUCUAGUAAAACGUUGGAGAGUGAGACUAGUGAAACGGCGUCGUUCUCUUCUUCCUCUUCGGACUCUGUGACGAGCAUUGAUGAGGGGGGAUGUACGGUCUCGGAUGAUUUGGACAAGAUCGUCGAGUUGCCGAGUCUAGAAACAAGCCUAGACGGGCCUAACGAGUUCGUGUUUUUUGACACGUUGGAGGAUUUGGUGUUCAUGCCACCAUGGUUACAUAGUGGUGUGGAAGAUGAUUUUACGUAUAACAAUGAUUCUCUAUUGAGCUCAGAUUUUGAGGAAAGCUUUUCUUGGCAACAUUAUCCCUGAAAAAUAAAUUUCGUAAAUUU